AUGAGUGGCUUAAGAGGGGCUCUGAAAGAGGGCUGGCACCCUAAGGGUAAGUCUGGAGGAAAAGAAAGCUGGCGGGGAGACUUUAAAGGCAUCAAUCAAGUGGCGGGAUGGAUGGGAAAGGGAAAGGAUAGGGACAGCGAGCAAGAGCAGCACGUCUCCCGACCCCUGUCAUCGCUCAAGGACCCAUCCGCUUUCGGGCCACCACCGAAACACAUUGCGGUCCAUGGACCUGGUGCGGUCCCGAAUCAGACAACACCGGAUCGCAGGGGACUAGGGGCGCCUCUAUCUCAGGAACAGAUCCAGGAAGCGCAAGCCCGGCAGCAGGAGCAGAACCGAGCUGAGGAAGACGAACCCCAAAGACCAGCUGGUCCGCCGCUACCCUACCGAGCAAAUACGACAGGUAUAAGCACGGAUAAUCUUCCACCACCUCCAGUCCGAAGAAUGCAUUCACCGGCAAGUUCCGUGUCCUCUGCAAGUUCUAGGCCAGUGCCGAGCGUUCCGCCUCGGAUUCCUCCUCGCAUGAACUCUACUCCACAGUCGCAUCCACCAACUCCUCCCCCGGCAUAUUCGCCAUCAGAACCGGCUUCUGAGGGACUUCUAGAUCAAGGCGCUGUCUCUCGUCUGUCAAAUGCUGGAGUAUCAGUUCCUGCACUUGGUAUUGGACACGAUAGAAGCAACACCACCGGUGGAGUAGCCGGCCAAGCCUCAGUUAAUGAGCUUCAAGCUCGCUUCUCGCAAAUGAGGACAGGCUCAUCGCAAUCUCCGUCGCAAGCCCCCUCCCCGUCGGUUCGGGAAAGCACAACACAGCCCGAGUCAUCCGCAAAAUCUACGGUGAAUAACUUGCGCGAGCGGCAUAAUGACAAGCUUCAAGCCGGCAAAGAACGAGUCCAGGACUUCAAUGACAAAUAUAAGAUCACACAGCGCUUCAAUAAUUUUGUCGACGAGAAAAGGUCAGCAACCACAUCCAUCUCAUUCAAGCAAUUCCGGCCUCCUCCUACACCCCCGCACCCUAAUCGAAGCCAUCCGUCAUCCGACUCAGUAGAAAUAGACGCAUCGAACCAGCGAAAGGCUCCACCACCUCCGCCGCCUCCCAAGAAAGCAGCGAUGCGAUCAACUCCUGUCAACGCUCCUUCUCCAUCAUCACCUGCGCCUCCGCCGCUCCCUUUGAGUACCAAACCCCGCUAG